UACCCUACUCAAAAAGUUGCUACUCAUUUAUAUUAUCAUCAUAUUCUCUCCGCUUUACAUUUCCAUUCCUAUCUCCAUCGAAGUUAACGAGAGCUCGCAUCGUUUUGCUCUUGUCUUCUCUGUUGAGUUUUGAUCGAAAAUUCUCGAAGAUGAGCUCACAGAUUUGCAGAUCUGUUGCUUCGCGAGCUGCCAGGUCUAUUCUCUCUGCUUACUCCAAGCAGAGCUCUCGUUCCAUUUCCGGAGGGCGAGCAGCUGCUGCUGCUGCUACUGUUUCUCUCAGAGGAGUUGUGCCUUCUCUAGCUGCCUACGGUAGGGAAGAGUCUGCAAAUGCCUCUAGAGCUUGGAUUUCUGGUCUCUUUGCUCUUCCUGCGGCAGCUUACAUGCUCCAGGAGCAAGAAGCAUGUGCUGCUGAGAUGGAGCGCACCUUUAUAGCAAUCAAGCCUGAUGGAGUGCAGAGGGGCCUGAUUGCAGAGAUAAUAUCCCGUUUUGAGCGCAAGGGUUUCAAACUUGUUGGAAUAAAAAUUUUGGUACCUUCCAAGGACUUUGCCCAGAAGCAUUAUCAUGAUCUCAAGGAAAGACCUUUCUUCAAUGGUUUAUGCGACUUCCUUAGCUCUGGCCCUGUUAUUGGAAUGGUUUGGGAAGGUGAAGGUGUGAUAAAAUAUGGUCGUAAGCUUAUUGGAGCCACAGAUCCACAAAAAUCUGAACCCGGAACUAUCAGAGGUGACUUAGCCGUUGUAGUUGGAAGGAAUAUCAUCCAUGGUAGCGAUGGCCCUGAGACUGCAAAGGAUGAAAUCGCCCUAUGGUUCAAACCAGAAGAGUUGGUAAAUUACACGAAUAAUGCAGAGAAGUGGAUAUAUGGUGAUAACUGACCAACACAUUUUCUUUAACUAGAGCAGCAAACAAUUCACAUUCACUUCCAAAAUUACUAUAAAGAGUGGAAGACGCAUAAUUAUCAAAAUAAUAUGUUUCGUUAAGUUGGGGAAGAACAUUUCUCCCUUCAAACUAUUAUUUACUUAUUGUUUGGAACUAUGUCAUCCUUCCAAUAAUACAUAUAUGUCAUCCUUCCAGCCCAGUCGACUGCAUUCUUAUUGGGUAAAUAAAUUGGUUUGGUUUUGGGUA